CCGUCCAAGUCAUCAGUGUUGCAAAACACAAAGCACGUCCUACAUUUCCUGCUUCCUAGCUUCCUACACUUUACGUCGUCCAACUCCACAGACGAGAAGACUUCAAGACCUAUUCAUGCCACGGCAUGGCUUGACGGAAUGCGCGGUGUCGCUGCCUUGCUGGUGUACAUCUACCAUCUCUCAUACUCGAUCCACGAUGUCGACACCGCAUGGACAUACGAUGGCAAACAAGGCUUCCUCCGCUUACCACUGAUUCGAUUCUUCUACAACGGCCACUUCAUGGUAGCCAUCUUUUUUGUGCUGUCGGGUUAUGCUUUGAGUUACAAACCCGUCAAGCAGAUCAGGAAACAAGAGACACAACCAUUGCUCGAAGGACUGGCCUCUUCUGUGUUUCGACGUUGGAUGCGAUUGUUCCUUCCUUGUUUUGUCUCAACGUUGAUGAUCGUGGCAUUACUCAGAUUGGGCGCCUAUGACCGGACAAGAGGAAUUGCUUACGAUCAGGCGAGGCUGACUUUUCAUCGCGAAAGACAUGCUGAAAGGUAUGAGACGCUAGGCAAGCAGAUGUGGGCAUGGACAACCGCCUUUUUCGCAUUUGCGAAUCCGUUCACUGCUAGGGAUAUGCCUAUGGAUCCGCAUCUGUGGACUAUCUCGAUUGAAUAUGGCGCUUCAAUCGUGUUGUAUGUCACGCAACUUGGCCUUUGCCGUUUACGGACCAGAUACCGUCUUUUGAGUCUGCUUUGCUUGGUCUUUAUGGCACAUCAAGCCGAUCGCUGGCCAAACAUCCUCUUCUUCGGCGGUUUCAUCCUUGCAGAACUGGGUCAUCGUCGUCGCUCUCUCGCUACACCAAGCACUUCCACCCUCCCUUUUUCGUCAUCUCCAAGAUCUGGUCUUGCGUGGUCUGUCACUUACAUCGUCAUUUUCAUCUGUGGACUCUACCUCGGCGGCCAACCGGAGUUAGCUGUUGACAAAGCACCUGGGUGGAUGACGCUGCACUCGCUGAUCCCCAAACACAUCAGAGAUAAACAUAGAUAUUGGGUUACUUGGGGUGCGAUACUACUCAUCUGGUCAACCUCCAAUUCUUCACCCCUUCAAAAGAUCUUCACCAACCGCGUAUCGCAGUAUCUUGGCAAGAUCUCUUUCUCGCUGUAUGUGCUGCAUGGUAUGGUGAUUCAUACUUUACACUAUAGCUUACUAGAUAAGCUGUUCAAAGCUAUUAGCAACGACACUUUCUUGCAUCGGGAAACUGCAUUUGGAGUUUCUGCGGCGGUUGUUACGGUUGUUAUUGUGUGGACUGCUGAUGUCUUUAUGCGGGUUGUUGAUAUCCCGUCUGUCAAGUUUGCGAAGUGGAUUGAAGGCAAGUGU